CUCCUCCCCUCUUCUUUACACCUCUCAAUCACCUCACCAUGAAAGAACCCGCCCUUCCUACAGUUUCUCUCACUUCAUCACCCUCCCCCAGACCCCUCCGCUUCCUCAUUAUCGGCGCUGGAUCGCGUGGCACUGCCUAUGCCCGAGCCGUGACCACCGCGACCCAAGGCACGAUCUACGCCGUCGCUGAACCCCACCCCUUCAAGCGCCGACACCUCGGCCGUUCCUACAUCUGGGGCGAGCACGGCACUCCCCAAGACGGCCAGGAAUUCCCCGACUGGCGCUCCUGGCUGCAAUGGGAGCUACAGCGCCGCGAAUCCAACAAUGAUCCUCGAGUCGGCGUCGACGGGGUCUUCAUCUGCACGCUCGACUCCACUCACGUCGAGAUCCUCCACGCCAUCGCCCCCCUCCGUCUCCACAUCCUCUGCGAGAAGCCCCUCGCCCUGUCCCUGAACGACUGUCUCUCCGUCUACCGCGCCCUCAGCCCCAACCUCUCCACCAACAUCUUCUCCAUCGGCCAUGUCCUCCGCUACAGCCCACACAAUAUUCUCCUCCGCAAACUCCUCCUUCUCGACCGCGUGAUCGGCGACAUCGUCUCCCUCGAACACACCGAACCCGUCGGCUUUUGGCACUUCUCGCACAGCUAUGUGCGCGGCAACUGGCGCCGUGAGACCCCCAACGGGGACGGGUCCUUAUUGACCAAAUCAUGCCAUGACAUCGACUUCAUCAUGUGGUUACUCUCCAGUCCUCCCACAGAUACAGACACAAAAACCACACCCCAUCACCCGCGAACAAUCACCUCCUCAGGCUCCCUUACCCAAUUCCGCAAAACCCGCAAACCCCCCGCGGCAGGGGACGCCACCAACUGUCUGUCCUGCCCCGCAGAACGCGACUGCGUCUACAGCGCCGUCCGGAUCUACAACGACAUGCACGUCGCGAAAGGCGACAUCGACUGGCCAGUGAACAUCGUCUGCGAGGACAUCGAAGACAUCAUCACCCCACCACGAAACAGCAAAGAUACUCCCAUGACUCAAGAAUCCAUCCAACUCGCACAAUCCCACCUCCUCACUCGCCUCGGCGAAAACUACACCACCACCACAGCUACUACCGACCCCGAAACCAUCCACUCCCGCCCCUGGUACGGUCGCUGCGUCUACGAAUCCGACAACAACGUCUGCGACGACCAAACCGUAACCAUCACCUGGGACGGCGAAGCGCCCAAAACCGCCCUCUUCCACAUGAUCGCCCCCACCGAGAAACAAUGUGAACGCCGCGGCCGCAUCUACGGCACCCUCGGCGAGAUCUCCUACGACAGCCGCACCAUCACCAUCUACUCGUUCCAGACGCGAGAAACCACGACCAUUACGGUGCCGAAGCGCCCCCCAGAGGAGGAGAAGGCGCACGGUGGUGGGGAUUAUGGUCUGGCGAGGAGUUUCGUGGAUGCGGUGGAUGCGGUGGUGAAUAAGGGGGUUGGGGUGCGGGAGGCGCAGAGACGGUUUGUGGGAUGUGAUUUGGAGGAGGCGGUGAGAAGUCACGCGGUUGUGUUUGCGGCGGAGGAGGCGAGGAGGGAGGAGAAGGUCGUCAAGUGGAGGGAGUGGUGGGGGGAGAAGAUGGGGGAGUUGUUGUAGUUGGAGCGCGUGAGCGGGUAUGUGGUGAGG